GCCCUCCAACCGCGUCCGCAUGCGUACACGAUCAACCGCGAUCGCACAGUGUGAAACGGUAGUGCUAAAUGGAACUUAACGGCGUUCAAUGUUAAAGAAACAAAGUUACGAAGAUAAAGACGUGAAUAUGGCGAUACAGAGCGUUUCGAGGUACCCUAGCAGCCCCGCGGAGGCGACAGAGCCUCCGAAGGCGUCAAGAAUAAGCUUCAGCGUCGCAUCGAUACUGGCGGACACCAAGAGCAACCAAGCAGACGAAACCGCCGAGAUCAUCCGGCACCAUAGAACGAUACCGGAGUCACCUUUGAGACAAUCUCCGGCGGCGCAGCCCGAGCUACCUGGAGCGAAGUCUCUCUCACCCAGGCCUUCCUCCCAUACAUCUCCUCUGAACCUGAUCUCGACUGCACCAGCAACGUCAUCGGACGACGAGUAUGAAGAUUCUGUUAACCAAGAAGAUUCGAUAGUGGACGUUGAAGACCUGCAGAAUGGUAUGCCGAGUGAUGAUGAGGAGAGAUCGUCAACCGGGACAGAUAAAGAGAGACUGGGUCCGAUUAGACCUACACCUUUCAGCGCGUUAGCGGCGGCCGCGGCAGCGUACCAUGGCCUGGGCUGGCCGGGACCUCCGUCUGUUGUGCCGACAUUCGGACCUCUAUUCCAAUCGCAUUUCUCAGUUGGACAUAUAACAGAUGCCAAUGGUGAGCCGCCUAAGUUGAAAUGCAACUUGAGGAAACACAAGCCCAACCGCAAGCCGCGCACGCCCUUCACCGCUCAGCAGCUGAGGGCGCUGGAGAGCAAGUUCGUCGACAAACAGUAUUUAAGCAUUGCCGAGCGUGCUGAAUUCUCGUCAUCACUAGGACUCUCUGAAACACAGGUCAAAAUAUGGUUCCAAAAUCGUCGUGCGAAAGCGAAACGAGUUCAAGAGGCGGAGAUUGAAAAACUCAAGAUGGCGCAGUUUUCCCGCCAUCCCCACCAUUUGUACCCUCAUCCUGCGCUUCAACAGUAUUUCCACCCUCACCCCUUGAUGGGGGGUGGCCGCCCCAUGCCGCACAUGGGCUUACCGCCUCACCUGUCUAUGGUCCAAUCCGCCGUAUCGGGCACCUCCUCGCCAAGCACUCAAACUAGCGGACAGCAGUGAACUUUUUAAUUGUCUAUGGAUCGAAUCGGUCUUGUUGUGAAUUUGUAUACGGUAUUUUAAUUUUAAAUACAAUUGUUUCUUUAAUUUUUUUUGUCUUGAGAAAUUUCUUGAUGGCCAGUAAUAUCGAAUUAAUAA